AUGACGACAGAACCAGGUGAGCCGCAGGAGGCGGAGCCGAAAGAGGCGGAGUCAUUCCCCGAAGCUGCUGCUCACUCCACUCCCAAACUGGGAGUGGAAGGCCCGCCCUACAACCAAGCGCAAAGCUCAUUGGCCGAGGACUCGACCAGUCACCUGUCGUCCAGCAGCCGGAUCGCUCGCUCGCCCGCAAGAAACCCGCUGAACUUUAGGACCAUGCAGACCACCGUGACCCUGCUGGACGGCUCGCUGUUCACCUGCACUGUGGAGAAACGAGCUCGCGGUUCGUUGCUCUUUGAGAAAGUUUGUGAUCACGUGAAUCUGCUGGAGAGAGACUACUUCUCCCUGAGCUUCAGAGACGCUGAGAACAACAAGAACUGGCUGGAUCGGGGGAAGGAGAUGAAGAAGCAGGUCAGAGGUGUUCCCUGGAACUUCUCCUUUAAUGUGAAGUUUUACCCUCCUAACCCCGCCCUCCUGUCUGAGGACAUCACCAGGUACUUCCUGUGUCUCCAGCUCAGACAGGAUAUAGUUUCUGGUCGACUUCCUUGUUCAUUUGCUACUCACACCGUCCUCGGAUCUUACACCGUCCAAUCAGAGCUCGGAGACUACGACCCAGAUGAAUGUGCUUCAGACUACAUCAGCGAACUGAGUUUCGCUCCAAACCAAACUAGAGAAAUGGAGGAGAAGAUCAUGGAGCUGCACAAAACCUACAGAGGAAUGACUCCAGCUGAGGCUGAGAUGCACUUUCUGGAAAACGUCAAGAAACUUUCCAUGUAUGGAGUCGACCUUCAUCACGCUAAGGACUCAGAGGGCGUGGCCAUCAUGCUGGGCGUGUGCAGCAGCGGUCUUCUGGUCUACAGAGACCGGCUGAGGAUCAACAGAUUUUCGUGGCCAAAGAUUCUGAAGAUUUCGUACAAGAGGAACAACUUCUACAUAAAGAUCCGACCCGGAGAGUUUGACCAGUUUGAGUCUACGAUUGGUUUCAAGCUGCUGAAUCACAGAUCAGCAAAGAGACUGUGGAAAGUGUGUGUGGAGCAUCACUCCUUCUUCAGGCUGGUGUCUCCAGAAGAACCACCGAAGCGUUUCCUGUCUCUGGGUUCAAAGUUCCGGUACAGCGGUCGGACUCAGAUCCAGAGCCGCAGAGCCAGCGCCCAGAUCUCUAGACCUGCACCAAACUUCCCACGAUGCAUCAGCAAGAGGAGUCUACUCAGCCGCAGCCUGGAUGGAGCUUCCAGGGCCACUCCCACCUCCUCUCUGAUUGGCUCUCCAGCCAUCACAGUGUCUCUCAAAGUUAAUGGUGGCACACGGACAGAUAUGGGCACAGGUCUGUAUGGAGCAUCGAAGGCCAUAGCUGUCAGUGACCUCAUCACCACGGUAACGCCUGAGAGGAGGGAUGAAACACCUCCUUCUGUUUCCUCUCCUCUAGUUGAGGAGGUGCUGGUGAUGGAGGAGAAGGUGCAGGAAAGGAUGGAGGAGGAUAAAGAGGAGCAGGAGACACAGCAGCAGGAGGAAGAGGAGGAGGAGGAGGAGGAGGAGGAGGAGGAGGAGACCAGAGCGACAGAGAUUUCUCCUCCAACUCCUCAGAAACACGACACCAAGACUGAGCUGACAGACACUGCUGUGGAUGGAGACCUGACCGCUUCUGAGUCUGAUCAGGAUGAAGAUUUGAAAACUCAGGAGACGUUGGGGAGUCCUGAGGAGGAGCAGAAACAUCUGAGCAAUAUCAGUGCUCUCAGACGCUCCUUCUUAGAGGGAGGAGGAGAAACAGGAGGGCUGACAGAGUGGGAGAAACGUCUUGCCUCCUCACCGUUACGACGAAUCGACGACUCCCCGAUGAUCGAACCCCUGGAACCAGACGAGCGUCAUGUGGACUCUGAUCCUCCUGCUGGACUGCUGCUGAGCUCCCAGACCUUCACUGCAGAGACCGCCAACACCACCACCACCACACACAUCACCAAGACCGUCAAAGGAGGAGUUGCAGAAACCAGAAUCGAGAAGAGAAUCGUGAUUUCUGGAGAUGCAGAAAUCGACCACGACCAGGCGCUGGCAGCGGCGCUCAGCGAGGCGCGGCGGCAGCAUCCCGAGCUGUCUGUCACGCGGGUCGUUGUCCAUAAAGAAACGGAGGUCUCUCCUGAUCAUGUGAUUGAUUAA